AUGAGGCGAGAGCAGGGACAUCUGGUGAAAGGAGGAUGGAGAGUGGAACCGAGGAGGUACAUUCGGUACCUGCAGAAGGAGCCCAAACGGAUGGUGAGCCCAGGCCUGCAGCAGCGGAUGCAAGUGAAAGAGGAGGGAGAGGAGGAAGGGGAGGAAGUGGGGGAAGGGGAGGAAGGGGUGAAACGGGAGGAAGGGGAGGAAUGGGAGGAAUGGGAGGAAGGGGAGGAAGGGGAGGAAGGGGAGGAAGGGGAGGAAGGGGAGGAAGGGGAGGCAGAGGAAGAAGUGGGGAUACCACUACAUGCGACACAGAUGGCUUCACUGGACAAGGUGGGGUGCUGUCAUCCCUUGAGUUCACCCUCUGCUUCCCUCUAUUUCCCAUCAUCCAUAUCUCCUCUACCUAUCUCUCCUAAUCCAUCUAUCCCUUUGUCCUAUCUCCUCCUUUUCCACUCUCUCAUCGUCCCUGUCUCCCCCAUUCCCCCUCUCCAUACUCCUUCUAUACACGCCUCCAUCCUCUCCGCCCUCUUCCUACAUCCUUUCCUUCUCCCAAGUCUUCCUAUGUUCCCCAUUUCCUCUUCCUCCUCUUAUCUCCCACAUUCCCUCUCCCCUCCUCUUCCUUUCCCUCUCCCCCUUUUCCUAUCUCCUCCUUUCCCUCUCCCCCUUUUACCUAUCUCCUCCUUUCCCUCUCCCCCUUUUCCUGUCUCCUCCUUUCCCUCUCCCCCUUUUCCCAUCUCCUCCUUUCCCUCUACCCCUUUCCCUAGCUCCUCGUAUCCCUCUCCCCCUUCUUACUGUCUCCUCCUUUCCCUCACUGCCUUCUUCAGCAUCUCCUUUCCCUAUUCCCCUUCUUCCCAGCUCCUCAAAACCCUCUCCCCUUCUUCAUAUCCCCUCCUGUCACUCUACCCCUUCUUCCUAUCUCCUGCUUUCCCUCUCCCCUUUCUUCCUAUCUUCUCCUUGCUCUCCCCCUUCUUCCUAUCUCUGCUGUCAAGUUGGGUCAUUACAGCCUGCGCUUGCACCAUAACGUAUCUCUCACGCCCUGUUCGCCCUCCCUCGCUUUUCUCCCUCUCCAUUCCUGUUUCACCCCCCCAUGUAGGACACACUCCCCUUCCUGGCUCCAGGCGCAUUAGCGCGACGCGCAUUGGCGCCAAGCGCAGUGGCGCCAGGCGCAGUGGCGCCAGGCGCAUUGGCGCCAGGGACGCCAGGCGCAUUGGCGCCAGGCGCAUUGACGCCUGGCGCAUUGACGCCAGGCGCAUUGGCGUCAGGCGCAUUGGCGCCAGGCGCAUUGGCGCCAGGCGCAGUGGCGCCAGGCGCAUUGGCGCCAGGCGCAUUGACGCCAGGCGCAUUGACGCCAGGCGCAUUGGCGCCAGGCGCAUUGGCGCCAAGCGCAGUGGCGCCAAGCGCAUUGGCGCCAGGCGCAUUGUUGCAAAGCGCAGUGGCGCCAGGCGCAUUGGCGCCAAGCGUAUUGGCGCAUUGGCGCCAAGCGCAUUGGCGCAUUGGCGCCAAGCGCAGUGA